GACUUCGAGAAAACACGCUGUCCUUUUCUCUACCCAGGCAACGGUUUGCAGUUUAAUUGAAUUAGUUUUCUCUGUGGUAACUUUAAUUUAACCAAAAUGGGUUUCGGAAAUUUAAAAACUGAUGCAGGUCUCACUGCCCUUAAUAAUUAUUUGGCCGAUAAAAGCUACAUUGAAGGGUAUGUUCCAUCCCAAGUUGACGUGGUCGUCUUCGCGGCCAUUUCCGCAGCACCAGCAUCCAAAUUCUGCCAUGCGUUGAGAUGGUACAACCACAUGAAAUCCUAUCAAUGCAAAUUUGCCAGUCUCCCUGGUGUUAAGAAAGCCCUUGAACAAUGCGGACCAUCAGCUGUCACAAACGGAACAGCAGCUGCAGAAAGUGACGAAGACUCCGAUGAUGAUGUUGAUCUCUUCGGAUCAGAUGAAGAAGAGGAAAGUGAAGCAGAUAAGAAGAUCAGAGAAGACCGACUUGCUGCGUAUGCCGCGAAAAAGAGCAAAAAGCCAGCUCUGAUUGCGAAGUCCAACAUUAUCCUGGAUGUUAAACCGUGGGGAGACGACACCGACAUGGCAGCAGUUGAAAAAUGUGUUCGGGAUAUUGAAGCUGAUGGCUUACUUUGGGGAGCAUCUAAAUUGGUUGCCAUUGGAUACGGAAUCAAGAAGUUACAAAUUUCCUGUGUUGUGGAAGACGAUAAGAUCUCCACUGAUUUUCUUGAUGAAGAAAUCACGAAAAACGAAGAUUUAGUUCAAUCUGUUGACAUUGCCGCCUUUAACAAAGUUUAGAUUUGUUAUAGAUUCAAUAAAAAUCAUGUUCCAUAAAUUA